UGUGAGUGUCUGAGCGACUGUAUCCUAAUACCGGAAGGAGAAACAAACUUGUGGAAAGAAAGGAAAGCUGGAAACUCUCUGCGCUGUUCUUUUCAGACUCUCAGGACAGUCCUCAAGGACUGUUACUUUUAUAUAUAAAAUCAUGAGUUGGUUUUCAGUUACAUAAACGGCGGAACUUCUUGGCGUAGGGAAGGCGAGUAGAGCUGUUAACUCUUUCCAGCCCUGAAGUACACAAUGCUCAGUCUAGCUACUUGGCUGUCUUUAUGCAUAUUGCUUAAUGCCGGUGGAAUAAAUGCAGUUCUGGACUUUAAACCUAAUAUAGUUCUGAUGCUUGCUGAUGAUCUUGGAAUUGGAGAUAUAGGUUGCUAUGGUAACAGUACUAUAAGCACUCCUAAUAUUGAUCGGCUGGCAAAGGAAGGAGUGAAACUUACUCAACAUAUUGCUGCAGCAUCACUUUGUACUCCAAGCAGAGCGGCUUUCCUGACUGGCAGAUACCCCGUCAGAUCAGGAAUGGCGUCAAGCAAUGCUUAUCGGGCUCUUUGGUGGAAUGCUGGCUCAGGAGGACUCCCUGUCAAUGAAACCACUUUUGCCCGGUUGUUACAGCAGCAAGGUUAUACCACAGGACUUGUAGGGAAGUGGCAUCAAGGUGUAAACUGUGAGUCUGUCCAUGAUCACUGUCACCAUCCUUUAAAUCAUGGCUUUGAUUAUUUUUAUGGCAUGCCUUUCAGUCUUGUCAACAACUGUCAGGAUAACAAGCCUCCCGAGCUGGACGCUGCCUUGCAGGCUAAGUUGUGGCUUUAUACUCAACUCAUUGCCGUUGCGAUAUUCAGUGUUUUCAUGGGGAAAAUUACCGGGAUGCUCUCUGUAUCUUGGAAAGCAACCUUCUGCUUUGCUUUGUUGGGAUUCCUGUUCUUUGCUUCCUGGUACUCUAGUUAUGGCUUUGUGAAACACUGGAAUUGCAUCAUGAUGCGCAACUAUGACAUUACUGAACAACCAAUGAAACUAGAAAGAACCACUUCUCUCAUGCUACAGGAGGCAGUGUCAUUUAUUCAGAGCAACAAGCAGAGGCCGUUCCUCCUCUUUGUUUCUUUUUUGCACGUCCAUACACCUUUGUUUACAUCAGAAAGAUUUCUUGGGAAGAGCAAGCAUGGUCUAUAUGGAGAUAAUGUAGAAGAAAUGGACUGGUUGGUAGGUCAGAUUUUAGAUGCAAUUGACAAGGAAGGCCUGAGAAACAGUACAUUAACUUACUUUGCUUCGGACCAUGGAGGGCAACUGGAAGCUCAAGAAGGAACAAUCCAGCUAGGUGGCUGGAAUGGCAUAUACAAAGGGGGCAAAGGUAUGGGAGGCUGGGAAGGUGGAAUCCGGGUCCCGGGGAUAUUGAGAUGGCCUGGGAUGCUCCCUGCCAAUUCUGUUGUCGAUGAACCAACCAAUUUGAUGGAUGUUUACCCAACAGUGGUUCAUCUGGCUGGAGGAGCUCUGCCACAAGACAGAAUAAUUGAUGGAAGGAAUAUCUUACCUUUAUUACAACAGAAAGUCAGGCAUUCAGACCACGAGUUCAUGUUUCAUUACUGUGGAUCAUACUUGCAUGCAGUACGGUGGCACCAGAAAGACAGUGGUUCUUUAUGGAAAGCCCAUUAUAUGACACCAGUAUUCUCCCCGGAAACUGCAGGGGCCUGUUACGGAAGAGGAAUUUGUCCAUGUUUUGGAGAAAGUGUAACCCAUCAUGAUCCACCUUUGCUGUUUGAUCUCUCUCGAGACCCAUCAGAGGCUACACCUCUGUUGCUGGACACUGAGCCCCUGUUCCAUGCUGUUCUCAAGAGAAUAGACAAAGCUGUGGAUGAGCACCGGAAGACACUCACUCCUGUCCCACAGCAACUGUCUUUUCACAACAUAGUGUGGAAGCCAUGGCUGCAGCCAUGCUGUGGAACUUUCCCAUUCUGUUGGUGUGACAAGGAAGUUAGCACUGCAGAUACUCUUAGAGUGGGCUAGCCAAGGAAUCUUAUCACAAUGGAUCUUUGUAAAAUUCACAGCAAGGUAGUGAAAUCAUUUUGUAUCAUUUUGGCUAAUUCUGUUCAUUACCAGAGGAAUCUUCCUGUCUCUUCAGCAGCCCCACAAGAAAGACGCAUCUAGAGCCUGCCUAUCUCAUUCCUCUGAUCCUGGCUUGAUACUUUCAAGAAGAAAGAGGAUAAAAGUUAUGCAAAAGGAAAGAAGAGGCAACCAAUUUCGGAAAGAGUUGGCCCAGAAAAGCUGUGACUUCAUCUUCUUCCAUCAUGGUAGCAGGGCUGAUAGUGAGAUAAGCAGGGGCCUUCUCACACAUUACACAAUCUCAAGUUUGCUUUGAACAAAACUCCAACCUACCUCAUAUUUAACAUGUGACUGUAACUUUAAGUUUAAAAUUGUGGGGGGGGCACACAUAUCUUUCAGGCAUACAUAGAGGCAGAAGAAGCUUUAUCCCCUCCAUUCACCCCCACCACCAGCUUUAACUGGCCACAAAAUGCUGAGGAGGGAGAGCUAUUUGCAUGACUGAAGAUUCUACAGGUCUGCCAGCUAUCUUCCUGUAUCAUCUAAUCAUGCUUGGGCAGAUGACAGGAAUAUUCACUAAUGCAAAUAGCCCUCCCCCAUUGCCUUUUGAGAGUAGUUAAACUUUACAAGAAUGGUAAUAAUUAGGGAUGUGGGUGGGGCAUGGCGCAGGCUCCAAGGGAGAGGGACGCUUGGAAAGUGACCUCCAUCCCUCCCCACCCUAAAGCUUCAAAUUAAAUUAUCAUAACAGAAACCAAAAGCAAAAACCGAGAGAAAUCUGCAUAAACAAAAUGUGGAGAACUAAAAAACAAAGGUAAAUGUCUCCAAAAAGCUUCAAGAUUCCUUCCUGGUCUCUCAGCAAGCAGCAGAGAAAGAAAGUGACACAACCAAAAUGGCGGCUAAAAACAGUGAGGAUAAGAUUAAUUUACCUAUCUCCGCUGAUCCGAUGCUUGCCAAAAUAUUUGCCCAAAUGGAACAAAAAAUAAUGAAUAAAAUCCUAACCAUACUUCAACCAUUUGAAGAACAACUAACAGAAAUCAAAAUGGCUUUAGGCAAAGUAUCACAAAAGGCUAACCGAGCGCUGAUACUAAGAUGUUGCUGCGGUCCAAAAUCGCUAUCUUACAGCAGGAGAAUAACAACUUGAAGAAAGAUUUUUACAAAUGGAAAUCUUGACAAAACAAUCUAAUCUUAAAUUCAGAAACUUUGAAAAGCAAAUGACUGUAAAUGCAGAUCUGCCUUCAUUUUUAGAGUCAUGGCUGACACAGCACUUGCGGCUUGAAAAGGGAGCAACCCCAAUAAUCACCAAGCUGGGAACACAAAACAACCAGAAAAUAAAAUAAUAAACCAAGAGACAUAUUAGCUACGAUAACUGACUGGGAGACAAGAAGGAAAACCCUGGAAAUAGCAAGAAAUAAUGGCUCAAUUCCAUAUAAAGGGACACAUAUCCAAAUACUCACAGACUUACCAUCCACAAUUUUUUAAAAAAAGAAAAGAACUUAGAUCUACAACAGAAGCACUGAGAAAGCUCAAAUAAAACACAAAUGGACCAACUCUACUACUCUUGAAGUAAAAAUACAAGAUAGCAUCUUCCAAGCUACAGAUCAGGAAACUGGGAGGAUACUAUUGCAGGACCUUGGCGCUGAGACUUUUUCGAACUGCGACAGAAUCUCACAGAAAAGAUAAAUGCUGGUUCCUUUAUCACCUUACAAGGAAGGCGAGACGCCAGCGAGACAUAUCUAACAAGCAAAGAAAAAACAGGCUGAGAUAGCAAACUAAAACAACUUGUUAAAUGUUAUGACUGCAGAAUGUAUAAAUCCGGUUUAAGAACAGAGGCACGGGAGAGGGGGGAGAAGCGGAGCUCACAGAUAGGGCCCCCAGUUAUUUUUACAGUUCUUCAAGAUGGUAUAAGAAAUAUCAAAUAGUCUAUAGAGGGUUACUUUUGGGCUACAGAGAACUGUUUAGUAAGCAGAUUAAUCUAUAGUGUAUUAAUCAGUAAGUAAGACGGGAAAGAGUUAAGAGAGGGAAGGGGAAAGGGGGUUAUUUUAGCAAGAUUCAUAAUAAUGGUUACAAAUUAUUAUUGUUGUUUUUUCUUUUUAUUAAUAUCUGUAACUGAUCCAUAAAAGUUUUGACUUUAUUUUACAGUAAUGAUUAAAUCGGUGUUAUUAUAAUCUAUUUCAAAUAUUAUAAACAAUAAUCUGAUUACUAUAAAAAUGAUACAAUCAUUUAUGUAUAUAUAAAGAAUUCUCAAUAGUAAUGUCAGAUUUUAGGAUAUCAUUUAAGUAUAUUAACCUCUAUUUGAAAUCCAAAGAUGAAACACCUACUUGUAAAAAAACUAAUUAUCAUGGCAUGUAAACCAUUGUUAACAUAUGUAAUAGAAAAUUAUUAGAUACCAUCGUAUAACCACUUUCUUUAAUAUUGUAACUGUUUAUUAAGCAUAACCAAAUAAAAAUGUGGAAAAAAUUUUAAUAAAAUAAUAGUUAGGGAUGUGA